UUCCGUUUGUCAUUUCUGUGUCCCUCCCUCUCUUUGCUUCUUCUUUACUUGUAUAAAUUAAAAUCUCCUUCCUUUCCAAAGGCUUUAAGAAUUCUGAAUACCAAAAACAUGUCUAAAAUUGCAUCAGUUUCUGUUAUAAUUCUAGUCAUCUUUUUCGUCUCAUUAGCUCAUGCAGCUCGCCCGGAACCUACAGUUCUUCCAAACAAUUCUCUUGCAGAAUCCCAACAGGAUGUUGAAGUGGAUGAUGAUUUAGAAUUCAGCUGUAAUGGAGUUGGAGAAGAAGAGUGUUUGAGGAGAAAAACACUUAUGGCUCACGUUGAUUAUAUCUAUACACAGAAGAAACAUACAUAGAUAUAGAUUAAUAUUAAUUAAUUUGCUUCGGUUUUGUCGAAGUUAUAGAUGGUGAUCAUCAUAUACAUAUAUGAAUUUUGAUCCCUGGAUUAGUAACCUUUUAAUAAUAUUAUUAUCGUAUCUUCAUCUAUACUUACAAUUAUUCUAAUCUAAUAUCGUUCCUAAAAAUUCCCGAGA